UUUGGUUUUGUUACUACAUGUUUAGUUUCUUUACUUGGAAUAAUUCUACCUGUGUUAGAUAGGAUAGAGAGUACCGUUCAGGUUAGUUGUGUUAAUGGUUCUGAUGGUGGUCAGAACUGUGCUCAAUCUAUUUUGAAUGCUUCAGGAAUACCCGUUGAGGUUUAUUAUAUUUAUGGUAUAUUAUUUUUAAUAUUAGCAUAUAUAAUAUUGGCACUCAUUAGUUAUAUAAUGGUGAAAAUUGUAAAAUAUGAAAAAUUAGGGGCGAGGAAAGGAAAAAUGUUUUUUAAGAAAUAUUGUAGUUUCUGCAAAGAUGUUUUUAGUAAAUGA